AUGCUUGGCCACGUUUCUAUCCGUGUUUCAGAUCUUGAAGCCUCAAUCGACUUUUAUUUGGCGGCUCUAGCCCCUCUGUCCUAUAAAGAGAUGCGUUUCCCAACUGUUGUCGGACUUGGCCCAACUUCAUCCGCAGCUCCCAUUCCUGACUUCUGGCUCCGCCAGCAUAGCCGUGGGCCACAAAACGGCCACGCAACCAAGCCAACGCCGGUGCACGUCUCAUUCUAUGUCAGCGAGCGCAGGCUUGUGGAUGACUUUCAUGCUGCAGGAAUUCGCGCUGGAGGAUCGGACAAUGGGCAGCCUGGAGAGCGGCCUUGGUUAGAGGGAUACUACGCUGCUUACGUUUUGGACUUGGAUGGCAAUAACAUUGAAGUGGUUUGCUUUUCUAAGCAGACUGAGGCUGCCUCGUGA